UUUAUCAUUACCAUCAAUACCCAUUUCUUAACACUUUGGCUAUGCCAAUUUCUUAUAAUACGAUGAGUUCUGUAGUCAUUGAAAGUGCUGAAGUUAUUGAAAAUAUUGAAGCUACAGAGAAUGCUGAAGUUAUCGAAAAUAUUGAAGCUACUGAAAAUGCUGAAGAUAUGCAAGAUUCAGAGGAAUUGUAUAAUCAACUUAUAAGCACAACUAAGAAAACUCUUGAAAUUCUUGAAGACCAACAAAGUAAAAAAAAUUUUAAAUAG